CAACACCCUGACAUGACAUAAAGGCGAGCACUGAACCACAGGUUCGCCACUCAGACCCACACCUCUUUCUUUGAGCAUUGGCUAGGUGAGGCGCUCCCUAGAACCAGCUCAAUUCAAUCAUGAACCCGUCCCACCAGCAGAAUCAUUUUCUGAAAAUAGGCGGCAAGAACUGCUGUGUGUUCCGGGAUGACUUCAUUGCCAAGGUGCUGCCGCCGGUGGUGGGGCUGGAGUUUGUGUUCGGGCUCCUGGGUAAUGGCCUUGCUCUGUGGAUUUUCUGCUUCCACCUCAAGUCUUGGAAAUCCAGCCGGAUUUUCCUGUUCAACCUGGCAGUGGCUGACUUUCUCCUGAUCAUCUGCCUGCCAUUCCUGACGGACAACUAUGUGAGGAAGUGGGACUGGAGGUUUGGGGACAUCCCCUGCCGAAUAAUGCUCUUCAUGUUGGCCAUGAACCGCCAGGGCAGCAUCAUCUUCCUCACAGUGGUGGCCGUGGACCGGUACUUCCGGGUGGUCCAUCCCCACCACGCUCUGAACAAGAUCUCCAACCGCACAGCAGCCAUCAUCUCCUGCCUCCUGUGGGGCCUCACGAUUGGCCUGACGGUCCACCUCCUGAACAAAACGAUGUUAAUCAAGAAGCACGACUCGUAUUUGUGCAGUAGCUUCAGCAUCUGCAAUACCUUCCGCUGGCAUGAUGCCAUGUUCCUCCUGGAGUUCUUCCUGCCCCUGGGCAUCAUCCUGUUCUGCUCGGCCAGGAUUGUCUGGAGCCUGCGGCAACGACAAAUGGACCGGCAUGUCAAGAUCAAGAGGGCCAUCAACUUCGUCAUGGUGGUGGCCAUCGUCUUCAUCAUCUGCUUCCUGCCCAGCGUGGCUGUGCGCAUCCGCAUUUUCUGGCUUCUCCGCACUGCUGGAACGGAGAACUGUGACAUCUACCGCUCGGUGGACCUGGCGUUUUAUAUCACCCUCAGCUUCACCUACAUGAACAGUAUGCUGGACCCUUUGGUGUAUUACUUCUCCAGCCCAUCUUUCCCCAACUUCUUAUCCACCUUGAUCAACCGCUGCCUGCGGAGGAAGGUGCUGGAGGAGUCCAACAAUAACCGCAGCACAAGCCUCGAGCUCACUGGGGAACCCAGCACCAUCAGGAAUGUUCCUGAUACUUCAGUGGCCGAUCCCAGGGAGCCGUUGAGCCCCUGUGACCUGACUCCAGCCUCUCAUUAAAACAACCAAGCCAGGAAGGGAGAUGGUCACCAAGGACCAGGAUCUCUGGAGAAAUGGUUUGGCUGGUGCCCAGACUAACAUCAUUAGCCUUGGCCCGCAAUUUCCCAGAACUUCCAGGUUCAAGAGAAUCAGAUUUAGGGAACUGGUGUGGCAGCGUGGGCUGCCUGGUUGCCGAGUGUCUCCACAGGCAUCUUGUGGGGAACGGAGGAUGAAGUUCCUAGGCGUCUGAAGCUUCUGAUCAAUCUCGGACCCUUGCAGAACUGAAGAUGGUCAAACUGUCCACUUUUCUGCUGCCGGAGAGUUGGUGCCCCAGAGACACCCCUUGGCACCUGUGACUCACCAGCCUCUUUGCUUCACCUGUCUGAGACUUGGAUGGUUCUCAGCUCCUGGGCCGAUGUCUCACUUGCCCGUGGGCUCCCAGUGGGAUAAGAAAAGCUAAGUAAUUGGAGGGGACUGUUGCUCCUGUAGGGAGCUCAGACAUCAUGAAACAAGCCAGUAGUUUCAUGUCACCUGGAUUUCAGGGGACCAAUUCAGCUUCCAGCCAAGCUUUAGCAGAAACGGACUAGACGCACUAGCAGACGCGCUCGCUUUGGUUAAUCAUCUGAGUUGCCAGUGGUGGUAAGAAGGGGCUUAGUCCCAGGAGGAACUGAGGAAAACAGUGUUGCUAAGGGAAAGGACAUGGCAUUUAUGCUACAAUCUGCCACUAAUCGACACUAAUUUUGAAGGUUGUGCAGUUCAAGAGACUUCAGGGAGGAGAGCAGCUUCCCACCUCUGUUUGCUUUUAUCAUUAAAAGGGAGAUGAUGCCUAAGGUUAGAGGCAGGGGGGAAAGAUUCCUCCUGGCUCAUUUGCUUGUGUUUCUGUACCUAUAAGAAAUCUACCACUUCAAUAAACUUUUGUGUGAGACA